CCCUCAGCUGUGUUUGCUGUCUUGAACACACCCCGCUGAGUACCUCGAUAUUGUUCAAGGGGAAUAAUGGCUGCACAGGAGCCGUCUCCACCAUCUUCCCUGGAAGGCAACAAACCGGGCUUCCCAAAGAAAAUUUUGGCCAACAACCUCGAAGACAAGCAUUUGUGUAAUUCGUGCCAGAAAGUCCUGAGAAGGCCUUUGCAAGCUCAGUGUGGUCAUCGCUUUUGUUCGUUCUGUUUCAACAAAAUUGUGAGCUCUGGACCACAGAAAUGCAGCGCUUGCAUUAAGGAAGACUUGUUUGAGGAACCCACCUCCAUUCUCAAGCAAGGCGGUGCUUUCCCUGACAAUGCAGCUCGGAGAGAAGUGGAGGCCUUGGCAGCUGUCUGUCCCAAUGAAGGAUGCACAUGGACGGGAACGAUCAAAGAAUUUGAGGCCAGCCAUGAGGGCCACUGUGACUUCAUGAUCAUCCUGUGUCCCUCCUGCAAAGAGCUGAUGAGAGCCAAUGAGCAGGAGCGCCACAACGAGAGAGAGUGUCCAGAGAGGACGCUCAACUGCAAAUACUGCAAAGAACCCUUCCUGUUAAAGAACAUCAAGGCUCACGAUGAAAUCUGUCCAAAGUACCCGAUGAUUUGUGAAGGUUGUGCAAAGAAAAAGAUCCCCAGAGAAAAGGUGGAGAAAGAGAAGAUCCACGACCACGAGCGGCAGUGUUCCUACGAACAUCUCAACCUGCUGCUGCACUUCAUCAUGGGCAUCAAGGUGAGCCUGGAGAGCCUGCAGCCCCAGAGCCUGGAGGUGGCCAGCCACAAGCUGCAGGAGCUCCACCAGUCCCUCAGAGACCUGGAGCUGAAGAUGAGCCAGCUGGGCGGGGGGGGCGCCGCGGCGUCCGUGCAGGGUGCGUGCGCCCCGACCCUGGCCACUUCCUUCACGCCGCUGCCCAGCGCCGUGGGCGCCGCGCUGGAGCUGCAGCUGCAGAGCGAGAAGACCAAGGUGGCGGAGCUGAGCCGGCGCUGCCAGGAGCUGGAGCUCAAAGUGAGCACGUUCGAGAACAUCGUCUGCGUCCUCAACCGGGAGAUGGAGCGCUCCUGCACCACCAUGGAGGCCUACAACCGGCAACACAGACUGGACCAGGACAAGAUCGAGAUCCUCAACAACAAAGUCCGUCAGCUGGAGAGGACGGUGAGUCUGAGGGACCUGUCCAUCGUGGAGAUGGAGGGCAAAAUGAGGGAGAUGUCUGCAGCCACGUAUGACGGCAUCUUUGUCUGGAAGAUCUCCGAUUUCACCAAGAAGAGGCAGGACGCCGUGGCCGGCCGCGCCCCGGCCAUGUUCUCUCCUGCCUUUUACACCAGUAAAUAUGGCUAUAAGAUGUGCCUCCGGAUCUACCUGAAUGGUGACGGGACGGGCCGCGGCACCCACCUGUCUCUGUUCUUCGUGGUGAUGAGAGGACACAGCGACGCACUCCUCAAGUGGCCUUUUAAUCAGAAGGUCACCCUAAUGCUGCUCGACCAGAACAACAGGGAGCACAUCAUCGAUGCCUUCCGGCCCGACAUCUCCUCCUCGUCCUUCCAGAGGCCCGUCAGCGACAUGAACAUCGCCAGCGGCUGCCCCCUCUUCUGUCCACUCUCCAAGCUGGACUCUAAGAACUCCUACAUACGUGAUGACACCAUCUUCAUCAAGGCCAUUGUAGACCUCACUGGGCUCUAGGUAAAGGAUGGGGGCAUUAAUCCAACACUGCCUUUUGUUGCUACUAACCUGUUUGAAUCAGCUGCCAUUUGCAUCGUUCUGUUGGUUUUGGUAGCAAUACACAAGACCGGAGCAGGAAGCUAACUGUCUUCUGGCUGGUGGUUCUUCAUAAGCCACUGUUCUUAGUUUACCAAUCAAGUUUUUAGUUGACAAAAUUAGCGAUUACCUACCAAAGUGACUGGAGGAGUGAACAUAUAUGAAGAUAUAUACCAGUAUUUGCCUGGUGUAAAUGUCCCACCGCGCUGAAGAGCCUCACACAGUAUUUGAACUCAAAGAUGCUUAUGAGAGUAGAUGACACAAUACGAUGACAUCAUCUCUGAUCUCCAGUCAUUAUCCUGUGUCUUAUUGAGGUUUUACAUUCACAUCCAAACAUUUCCUGCUGCAAGUAAAUAAGCUUCCCAGAAACACUUAUUGCUGCUAUAUAUGUUCCAAAAUAAUUGGGCUUCAACUAGUAGCUAGCAUAACCACCAUAACUCAAGUCCCUCAAAAUAUUUAAAGCAUAUCGCAUCAUGGCCCGAUCAGACAGAGAGCAUUUUAGCAGUCAGGUGCAGCUUUUUUCAUUUUGUUCACUGCUUUUGCUUUGCUGAGCCCCUCACAUUCUGCUCUAUGCAACCUGCAUUUUUGCAGGAGCACUGAAGUCCUCAAGUUAAAGAGAACGUCAACUCAGAGCAGACAACGUAAGACUUGUUUUUUCCCCCAUUGUCCUAAAUCUUGGGUUAGCAACCUUAAC